GGUUCGACGAAGACCACCUCAAUAGCCAUCCUUUCCGCCCAUCCAAAUCUUUGUCGCAAACCACCCACCGAACAGCCCGACACUCAUUUCGCUCUCAAAAUGGCAUCCCAAGCUGCUGCUCUUCCCUCAGUCGCCACCCCGGCCGCUGCGCCGGUUGCCAGCCAGGAAGCUUCCAAGCCCAAGCCCUGCUGCGUGUGCAAGGACGAGAAGGCCAAGCGUGACGAGUGCAUGCUCUUCUCCAACGCCGCCGAUCCGUCCAAGGACUGCCUUUCCACGAUCGACCAGUACCGAGCUUGCAUGAAGGGAUUUGGCUUCACUGUCUAA